UUUGGAAUGCGGACAGGCAAAGAAUGCCGUGAUCUCUGCUGGGGAGAUAUUCAUCUUAGAAUGGACGAAACUUCUGGUGAGGAGUAUCUUAUAUAUGACCAAGAGAGACAAACCAAAACCAGAUCUGGUUCAAAUCCUCGGGACAUUAGAGGUACAAAACCCAAAGCCUAUGCCACUGCUGACGCCCAGAGAGAUCCUGUACAUCUGUACAAGCUGUACAGCCAGAAACGACCGGACGAAAUGUGCAAACCUGACAGCCCAUUCUUCCUUACACCAAAUGAUAAACCACAGAGAUGCUGGUUCAAAAAAACCCCACUUGGAAUAAAUAAACUUUACAACAUUAUGAGAGACAUGAAGGCUGAAGCAGGAAUUGAAAAUCCCAGAAUAACGCCUUACAGCUCCAGAAAACAUCUGGUUCAAACUCUAAACAGGCUGGGGAACACUCCCGAUCGAGCUAUAAUAGCUCGUUCGGGCUAUAAUAGCCCCUUCGGGCUAUAUUACAAUGAAUGA